AUGCAGAUCUUCUGGCAGUUUCUUGCCGUUGCAUCUGUCGUGCUUGCACAUCCAACGAACAGUAGCACUGUAUUGAGAGAGUGCGUGUCAGGGGUGUUUGGAUCUACUUCAGAUCUCCGCAUCGUCGAUCCAUCUAAUGACACUUACACCGAUGCAAGAAUCGGCGAAAAGAUCCAGUUCAACCAUUUCCCCACAGUCAUUGCCUUUGCCCAGAACAUUUCAGAGAUCCCGCAUCUCAUUCAAUGCGCUAAAAAUACUGGACACAAGGCAGUUCCUCGUAGCGGCGGACAUCAUUUUGAAGGCUGGUCUGCUCUGAACGACACUCUCGUCAUUGAUAUCAGUCAUAUCGAUUAUGUUCAUGUCUCCGCUGGCCGUAAAUUUGCUACAGUUGGAGGAGGCAUCCGCCUCGGCGCUCUCUAUACUGCUCUUGACGCGUAUAAUAUAACAUUCAAUGGUGGAAUCUGCCCAACUGUCGGUCUUUCCGGAUUUUUGAGCUCUGGGGGGUUUACCAUGCAAAUGCGCUCUCCAGUCGGCCUGGGAGUAGACAAUGUUGUUGCGGCAAAAGUGGUAACUGCCGCUGGCGAAAUAGUGGAAGCCUCGAAGUCCCAAAAUCCUGACCUGUUCUAUGCUAUUCGUGGAGGAGGCGGAGGAACGUACGGUAUUACGGUGGAAUGGACUCUGAAACUUGUCACAUACCCUCGAUCAGCCAUGGUAUUCAUGAAUUGGACCGACCCAACAAUUCAGUUUGAAGUUGCUCAGCGUUAUAAUGAAUGGGCACCCAGUGCGCCCGCGGACUUCGGCUCCAAUAUCGACAUAUAUCCAGGUAGUCUCCAGCUUAUUGGAUGGUAUCUUGGAAAGUCUAAGCAAGAUUUGGAGGAUCUGAUGAAGGGCUCCGGAUUGCUGGAAAUAGGCAACCCGGAGACAAAAAUUGGAGGCAAUUGCAGCACAGACAAUUCGCGUCUCCUCGGAUACUACAUUGAUGAGUGCGUCGCAGAUGAUCAGCUCACACAUGUGAGGUCUGUCCUCAACACUGCGCCUCAGGCUUUUACUCAAAUCGGAGAUUACCCUCAAUAUACUUAUGAUGAGACAUAUAAGAGUCUAAGCCUCCCCGCCGCUCCGCCAUGGGAACGGUAUCGCCGACAGGCCAAGUCAUUCUUCAUCCAGAAGGAUAAGCCGUUGGAGGAUGAGACUUUGCGGAAAGUGAUCAAUCAUAUUGGAAAGCUUUCCCCAGACUCACAAGGCUGGGCAGAGUGGCAUGCGUGGAAUCUAUCAGAUCCAAACACUGACUCGUCCUUCCCCUGGAAGGAGAAAGCGCUGGCGCUUAUCGAGUUUCAGAUACACGGGUCACCAAACUCGACAGUACAGGCGACAUACGAUGACUGGAUGACAGAGCUCGAAGAAUUUUUGAGACCAGUUGUUGGACCGGCCUCCUAUUCUGGCGAGAUGGAUGCAACUAUAUCGACAGAGCCCUUGACAUCCUAUUACGGAGAUAAUGUUUGUGCGCUCAUUCGUAUUAAACAAACUUGGGAUCCCGAAGAGUUUUUCACCAACCCAUUUUCUAUCCCUGCUUCUGUCCCAGAAGGGAUCAGCUGCCCCUGA